AUGGAUCUGGCUGGUCAUGGAAACAGCCCACUAAGAGCAAACUACCUUUUGUGCGGCGACAGUUCGCUGCUGGCGAAUGAGAACUCCAUAGGUGUUUGUUGCAGAUGCCCUACAACAAAACCUUUACGUCAGCAAUGCCACUUUGAGGAGCAUGUCAAGGAUGUACAGGCUGUUUUCGAUAAAUAUGUUGCCACUCAGAUUCAGACACCCGAAAUCGAGGGCACAAACGGACAGAAGAAAGAGGACCUGGAGACCUUCCAUGUAAUUGUUGUUGCACAUUCGUACGGAACCUCGUUGGCCGUGCGUCUAGUAGCAAGCCGGAGCAAGUUGGUGGAUCGCUUGGUCCUGAUCAGCGGCGGAGCACCCAUUCCGCUGCAACCAGAACCAGGUCUUCUGUCGCUGCCUUCAGCGUGUCUCGCCCUCUGCAUGCCCUGCAUUCGGUGGGAAUUUUUAAGGUUAGCCUUUGCGAAGCCGAGGCCCAUAGAGCACUAUCCGGAAACCUCGACCGCAGGACCAUUUACGGUUCCGGUAAGUGUGCUCGAUGAGCCUAAACCAGCACUGUACAGCAGGCCAACGAAACUGGAGAUGCAGUCCGCCUUCUGCCUGAAUGCCUACACGCUGCGCGCCACAAUGGCUGGUCAGAUUUGGCCAGGCGGCAACAAGCAUUUCUAUGGAAGGGUGUCUGUUCCUGUACUUCUGAUCUCUGGUGCAAACGAUAAACUCGUCCCCUUGGCUGAGGAAGAGGAGGCGUUGCAUGUGAGUCACAGAGUAUUUUUGGGAAGCUACAGCAACCCCGAGGAUUGCAUUGAUUUUGCAUGGAAAUUCUACCGAGAUUAA